AUGGCGACGAAGACGAUGACCAUGCCGAAGCACAAGCUUCCAAAGAAUAUCAAGCUACCGCCAGAGAACGAGCGAUACAUGAGGGCCUGCUCCGAUAUAGCAAAUGCGCUGAUCCAGGACUACGAAGCGCAGCGAGAUAAUAGCAAGUCGAAGAAAGAUAUCAAUUUGAACAAGCUGCGGGGCACAAUCGCAAAAAAGCAUUAUCUGAGCAAUCUGCCGCCCUUGACAGCUAUUAUUGCUGCUGUUCCGGAGCAUUAUAAGAAGUAUAUACUUCCAAAACUGAUUGCCAAACCGAUAAGAACCUCCUCUGGAAUCGCUGUAGUUGCGGUUAUGUGCAAGCCUCAUCGAUGUCCACACAUUGCAUACACAGGGAACAUUUGCGUCUAUUGUCCGGGUGGCCCAGAUUCGGAUUUUGAAUAUUCUACCCAAUCUUAUACUGGCUACGAACCAACUUCCAUGAGAGCUAUCCGAGCCCGAUAUGAUCCUUUCGAGCAGGCGCGAGGUCGAGUUGACCAGAUAAAAUCACUGGGGCACAGUGUGGAUAAAGUGGAAUACAUCAUUAUGGGUGGCACGUUCAUGUCACUCCCUGAGGAGUACAGAGAGACAUUUAUAUCACAGCUCCAUAACGCACUUAGCGGUUACCAGACUGAUAAUGUGGACGAAGCUGUGCAGGCAGGAGAAAUGAGCAAUAUUAAAUGCGUUGGAAUCACAAUCGAGACACGACCGGACUACUGCCUUGACACCCAUCUUAGCAGCAUGCUUCGGUACGGCUGUACCCGUUUGGAAAUUGGAGUACAGAGUCUCUACGAAGACGUGGCGCGAGACACAAAUAGAGGGCACACUGUAGCUGCUGUGGCAGAAACGUUUAAACUAUCGAAGGAUGCCGGAUUCAAAGUGGUCAGCCAUAUGAUGCCUGAUCUCCCAAAUGUCGGAAUGGAGAGAGACCUGUUCCAGUUCCAGGAGUACUUCGAGAACCCUGAUUUCCGGACCGACGGCCUUAAGAUAUACCCAACCCUUGUUAUUCGAGGAACGGGCCUUUAUGAACUUUGGAGGACCGGCCGGUACAAGAACUAUACCCCAAAUGCUUUGAUCGAUAUUGUGGCCAGAAUCCUCGCCGUCGUUCCUCCAUGGACCCGUAUUUACCGUGUACAAAGAGAUAUUCCAAUGCCACUCGUCACAUCUGGCGUAGAGAAUGGCAACCUACGUGAACUCGCUCUCAGCCGAAUGAAAGACUUUGGCACCACCUGCCGUGACGUGCGUACCCGAGAAGUCGGCAUCAAUGAAGUAAAGAAUAAAAUCCGACCAAACCAGAUAGAACUUGUUCGACGCGAUUAUACAGCAAACGGAGGAUGGGAAACAUUCCUUGCCUACGAGGACCCAAAACAAGAUAUCCUUAUUGGCCUUCUCCGACUACGAAAGUGCAGUUCCAAGUACACCUUCCGGCCUGAGCUUACAGGCCAACCAACUAGUUUGGUACGAGAGUUACACGUUUAUGGAUCCGCAGUCCCUGUUCAUGGCCGUGACCCCCGCAAGUUCCAGCAUCGCGGAUUUGGAACUUUGCUAAUGGAAGAAGCUGAGCGUAUUGCUCGGGAGGAGCAUGGAAGUCGCAAGAUCAGCGUUAUUUCUGGCGUGGGUGUACGAAGCUACUAUGCCAAACUAGGAUACCACCUUGAUGGAGUAUAUAUGAGCAAGAUGCUUGAUCCUCCUGAUGAUACCGAGGAUUUCGACUAG